GAAAAAGAGCUUGAACUGCACAUCCUGAAACCCCAGUCUGCUUUGAAAUCUGUGCUUGGGGGAGAUCUUGCUCAUUCAAUAAUUAUGUACCAGGGGCGGACUGACAACUCAUGGGGCCCCCGGGCAAUAGAGGAUCAUGGGGCCCCUGUGUGCUCGCCCACACUCAAACCACACCCAAAAAAGCCUAUGAAAGGUACCAGGGGCAUCUCAUGGGGCCCCUUACUGACCCCGGGCCCUCGGGCAGUGCCCGAGUUUCCAAAUGGUCAGUCCGCCCCUGUUAUGUACUAUUUAUCU